AUGUCGAAUAUGUCUGCUGAGCAAUUUCUCCGGCAGGUGGACGUUCAGCGCCUCGGGGUUGGCGUGGCAUUGCUCUUCCUGGCGGCCGCCUACUCGCCUAUCUCGCUGCUGGUGUUGUCCCCUGUGUACGGGUCUUUGCCCUCACACAUUUUCCACGGCUAUGGAGUGACCAUCUUUGGGGCAGCCGGAUGGUUCCUGAAAGAUCAAAUUCAGCGUCGAUUGGGCCGCGUCGGUGGCUAUAUGCUCCCUGUUCUAGCCUUCUGGGUGCCGACCCUCCAGUACUUUGUCAUGCAGCAGGGCUCCAAGCUGGGAACCCUGCGGAUCCAGGUUGGCCUGAACCUCGAGUCCCAGGGUGACUUGGUCGUGGAGCAUGUGCCGAUGCUGGGCACGUACAUGGUGUAUUCGGCAGGCGAGCACAUCGCCAGAGCAAUCUUGUCCUGGAUGAUUGGAUUCACAUUCUUCUUCACCCGCACCGGCCUGCAGUACCUCAUCGCGGUCUUCUAUUCCGCGACUCUCCCGUCGAAAUGGCUGGUUCUGGCGAUCCCGUCUUUGCUCAUGUCAAUGACUUUCAAUGUCCACUUGGGUAGCCCAGCUGCCGCGAACCACGCCAUCCAGAGUGAAGGAUAUACUCUUUUGGCUCGCCAGGAUUCUUCCACGGGAUACAUCUCCGUGUUGGAAAACCAGCACGAUGGGUUCCGUGUCAUGCGUUGCGACCACAGUCUUCUUGGUGGGCAGUGGACCAAAACCGCUCGGGGAUACCGACCUGAGGUGGAUGAUCCCAUAUAUGCGGUUUUUGCCAUGCUCGAAGCCGUGCGGCUGGUCGAGCCAGACCAUGGGGCUCCGCGCGUGGACGCACACAGCAAUGCCCUAGUCAUUGGUCUCGGGAUUGGUACAACGCCUUCUGCCCUGAUCAAACAUGGGAUUGAAACGACAGUCGUCGAACUCGACCCCGUCGUGCAUCGGUUCGCCACCGAGUACUUCAAUCUCCCGUCCAACCACAUUGCCGCCAUCGAGGACGCCACGAAGUUCGUUAAGCGCUCCCAGGCCUCGGCCAAGGCCCCACGGUACGACUACAUUGUUCACGACGUCUUCACUGGCGGCACGGAACCCGCCGAGCUCUUCACCAUCGAGUUCCUGAGAGGCCUCAGCUCGCUCCUCAAAGACGACGGCGUCAUUGCGAUUAACUACGCCGGUGACAUCACCCUCUACCCAACCGGCCUCAUCGUGCGCACCAUCCAGACCGUCUUCCCAUCCUGCCGUAUCUUCCGCGAAGAACCACCCACCGAGGAGGACCAAGACGCUAACUUCACGAACAUGGUGCUCUUCUGCAAGAAGAGCGCUGGGAAGCUCCGGUUCCGCGACCCAGUCCAGGAAGAUUACCUGCGCAGCAAGUCGCGCGAGUCGUACCUCGUGCCGAAACAUGAGCUGAACCCGGCACUUUUUGCAACCGUCCCUAAGAAUGGAAGACACUGUCUCAUCGCGAAAGAGGUCAAGCGGCUGCACAAGUUCCAGGACCGCGGUGCGCUGGAGCAUUGGGCGAUUAUGAGGAAAGUGUUGCCCGAUGCAGUGUGGGAGAACUGGUGA